AUGUCUAGCUAUAUUGCAUAUGGUAGUGGCAUUUGUUUUACAGUGUUGUCCGAGAGAAAGAUUUCUUUACCAUCAGAUGUAAUAAUGGGUAAAACGUUAAAGCUGAGUCAGCAAAAAAUAAUGGAGACUGAAGCAAGCAGUAGAAAUCAUCUGAACGAUAAUUCAUUGUCAAGAGAAGAAAACUGUAGCAUUGAUAAGGUUAUUCAACAUUGUCACACUUUAAGGGAAUCGUAUAUGUUUGGAAAACAUAACACUUCAAUUGAAGAGAAGUUGUAUCCACUAGCUUUUGCAAUGAAAAUUCAUACACACGGUAACCAAGCACACAGACUUUUAAGAUACAUUUAUCAUCAACAUAAUAUAUACUGUAUACAUAUCGAUGGAAAAGCAGAUAUUGAAAUCUACAAGAGAUUCAAACUAAUUGAGUCAUGUUUUGAUAACAUUAUUGUUAUCGAAGAUCGAGUACGUGUGGUUUACUCAACAAUACGUGUUGUAGAGGCAGAGCUAAAAUGUAUGAAAGCUUUAAGUGGAUCAACAACGAAAUGGAAAUAUUAUAUCAAUUUAACUGGACAAGAAUUUAUGUUGAAGACCAAUGCAGAACUUGUGAAGAUAUUAAAAGCUAUGAAUGGAACUAAUGAUAUUGAAAGUUAUCCGGUACCAUUUACAGAAUAUCAUAAAUUUAAACAAAGAACAUUAAUCAUAAACGCAAAUCCUAUUAUAACGCGUCAAAAGAAGCAAGGAUUUCGUCAAAACAUUAUAAUACAUAAAGGAAGUGCUUACGGAAUGUUCAGUAGAGAAUUUGUAAAUUUCAUUUUAAAUGACAAUUUUGUGAAAGAUUUUUUGAUUUGGUUAGGAGACACUUACGCUCCAGAAGAAUUAAUCUGGGCAACAUUACAAGUGUUGCCAGGUACUCCCGGAGGGCGUCCCAACUCAGUGUCCACCAAAGACAAUUAUAUUUCACGGGCUGUCAAGUGGCAAAUGGAUCAAACAGUAACUUGUCAUGGAAAAUACGUACACUGGAUUUGUAUUUAUGGUUUAGAGGAUCUUCCAUGGUUACUUAGUCAUAGAAAUAUUGUUGCAAACAAAUUUUAUGAAGACUUUGACCCACUUGCCUUAUAUUGUGUUGAAAAUAUUAUGUAUUUAAGGUUAAUGCAUGGCAAAUGA